UCAAAUACUGGAGCUCUCCUUUGUGUAGCCUGCAAUUAUUUCAAAGUUUUCGAGCAUGCUGGAAUUAUCAUGAGAUUCCUCAUGAUAGAGGUGGAGGAAAAGGAAACCUUACUUUUAGGAGUCUGUAUUCUCAAAUCUGUUUCUAUCCAUUAUGCUCUCUUCUACAAAUAUGCAGAGCUCAAUGGGCUAAAAAAUCAAGACAUGGCAAGCAAAUGUAUACUUUAAAUGUCCUCACAAUUGUAACUAGGUUCUAGAAAUGAGCAUCCUUCCAAAAAGGAGGCAUACAGUUCCAUACCAGAGCAGUAACCCUGCACUGAAGCCUGGAAAGGGGCUGAAACAGAGUUUGAGAGCAACUAGUGGCAUUUGAAUAAGGGAGCAAAGAAAAAUAUCAGAGCUACAAAAACUCCUAGCUUGCUCCAUCUUUUAUCAAGUCAUUUCUUGAGUGCUAAGAGCCAUUCCAUUUUAGAGAAUAAACAAACAUAUUUCCCAAGAAUCAGAGGGGGCCUGUUAUAUGAAUUUCUGAUUCUGGCAGUGGAAUAGUUAACAAGAAUAAAUUGACCCAGUUCUUCUAGAAGAAAGAGAAUCAGAUAAAAGAAAAAAAGCUUUAAUCUCAAUGAUUUUUAGAAUCAAUAACAUUCAUAAAGAUAAAAGAAAAGAUAGCAGCUCACAAAUAGGUUUCUCUGUUUACUUAACAACCAAACAAAUAUUUUCUAAAGGUUUGAGAAUUUUCCGUACCAUCUUGAUACAAUUGAAUGGAAGACCCAUUUUAGCCUAAUGAGCAUUAUGAUUAAAUCAUUUACUCACAGAUCAAAGGAGAUUUUAAUUAUGUAAACGAGUUGCUCAGAAACAUAAAAUGUUCCAUUAAGCUUGACAAUGAAUACAUACAAUAUUUAUGAGUUCAGAUUUUUUCCUUGUUAAAAAUUGAUUGUUACCAUUUGAAAAGUUUCCUUGGAUGCACUGAUUGAGAAGGGGGAAAACUAUUUUUGAGCCAUAAAACUAACGGGCACGGUAAAGAUUUUAUUGCCUUUUUCUCUUCCUCUUAUUUUAGUUUGGGGUGCUCCCAGAGCCUUGUUACCAGAUGUUCAGUCUGAGUGUACUAAUAUUUAGUUAUUUCCCAGCAUGAGCAGACCACAUUGCUUUGCAUGCUGUGGACGGCUCAGAAUGAAAGCGGAACAAAUGUGAUUUUGAAAAAAAAAUGAAAUAAAAACACGCCACGAUUAGAUAGCUAGCCAAUAAGAAGCCAAAAGGGCAAUCUGAGCAACCCAAAGAGGCGGGAACUGGAAAUGAAGCAGAGAUUGGCACGUGAAGCGGGACCUAGAAAAAGAGACCUGUUACUUGGAAUAGCUGCUGGGUGUGAGUUCAAGUCCAACAUCGGCUUAUGUCGCUUCAUGAUCACUAAUUUUCUUCAUUUCCGUCUUCCCCUGUGGAAGGUAACUCUAAGAGAAGUUGCUGAUCUCAAUCUGUGCCCAGCAGAAGCUUCAUUUGGGGAAAAAAUGUAAAAAAAGUCACUCCCCCCCCCAUAGGCCUAUGAACCCUUCCCCCCACCUUACGAAAUAAUACAGGAGGCGGCCCCUCCCACUUCCAGCCCCUGACUCAAUAAAGCACUACGUCUACUCUACGGAGCCUAUAAAAGGUUGCCUGGGAGCCAGAGGCAACAGUUUCACCUCUGAAGGACCCGUGGCAGGCUGCUGUACGGAGGGGCUGGCUCUGCCGCCUAGGGUACGGGCGCAGGCGCAGAGCAGACGCCGAGCAGGCGCAAAGCAAGCGCAAAAUAGGCGCCAACCUCGGGCCCCAAGGGAGUAAGGUGGAACUGUGGCUCCCGCUCCCCACGCUCAAGGGGAGAGCAGGUUGAGACGAGUUCCAAUCGAUCUGGUGGACAAUCUGCUUGACCAUGGCUGACCAGGGCAAACCCGAAGGCAAGUCUAGAGGCAAGUCGGAAAACAAAUCUUAUGGUGAGCUGGGGGCGGGAGGUAGCAGCUGCAGUGAAAACAGUAGCGCCCAAAGACUAAAGAAAAGCCGGGGGGGCUCCUUGCGGCGGAAAUACCACUCAGAGUCCAAGUCCAGCUCCAGCUCCAGUUCCGGGAGCCGAGGCUAUAGCCAGGGCCCACCUCGCUCUGCCCGGGAAGACCGAGAUGAUCCCUUUGAGGGCCAAGAGGCUUCCAGAGCCAGGUAUUCCCCGCAUAGAUCCCGAAUUGAGAGAGGAAAAUGGUGGGAGCGGGGCGGAAGCCGAAUCCAUGCCACUGUGAAGCGGCGAGAACGAGAAAAAGAAAGGGAGAGGCAUUCUCUAGACAGAGGUGUGGCUCUUUCCAACCAGAUUCCACUUUCAAAACAGUGGUUCAAGGUCACAAUUUCUAAUGGCCGAAAUUACGAUAAAACCUGGCUUUUGAGUACACUUCGGGGAAAAUGCAAUGUUGCCCUCAAUCCUGUUGACUUUCAUUACGAUGAUAAAAAGGCCCUCUUCUUUGUGGAGGACCCCCACAUUGCCUCUGCCCUGAAAGCCGCUGAUCACAAUAUCGUAGAUGGUGAUAAUCGCCGAAUCUCAAUUGUAGUCAAUACCUCGAGCCCACCUUAUUCGGUGCAGAAUGAAUUGAAGCCCGAACAGCUCGAGCAGUUGAAGAUAGUCAUGAGCAAGAGGUAUGAUAAUGCUAAGAAGACCCUUAGCCUAAAGGGCCUUCGCUCAGAGCCAGACCUCAUGAUUCAGUGUAUUGAUAUAGUUUUGAAUCGGAAAAAUUACAUGACUGCAUUGGUUCAAAUCAUCGGGGAAAACAUCCCUGAACUCCUAUCGCUGAACCUGAGUAACAAUAGGAUUUACAAACUAGAUGACUUUGCAGAUAUAGUGCACAAAGCACCUAAUCUUAGAAGCCUCAACCUCUCAUGCAAUGAGUUGAAGUCAGAACGGGAGCUGGAUAAGGUGAAGGAGUUAAAGCUGGAUGAACUGUGGCUAGUGGGGAAUCCCCUGUGUAAGAGCUUCCGAAACAGGGCCUCCUAUCUUACUGCCAUCCGGGAACGCUUUCCCAAGUUGCUCCGUCUAGAUGGCCACGACCUGGCACCAUCAGUUGCCUUAAAUGCCCAAACGCGUCCACCUGUUGCCCUCAAUGUUGAAAUGCCCGCUCUACUACCAGCCUGCAAGGGCAGCUUCUUUGGAUCAGAGACUUUGAAGGGCAUGGUCACGUAUUUCCUACAACAGUAUUUCUCGGUGUAUGACAGUGGAGACAGGCAGGGACUACUUGAUGCUUACCAUGAGGAAGCUUGCUGUUCUUUGAGUAUUUCCGCCAAUAUACAAAAUCCAUCUCAGUAUAAUAUGAGUGAAUAUGUGAAAGACAACAGGAAUGUGAAAAAAGUAAAAGACCCCGGGCUCAGGUUCCACCUUCUAAAACACUCCCGCCUUGCUGUUAUCACCUUCAUCAAUGAAUUGCCAAAGACCCAGCAUGAUAUGAGUUCCUUCGUGGUAGAUGUUUGUGCCCAGACAGAGACAUUGCUAUGCUUUUCUGUACAUGGACUCUUUAAGGAAGUAGAAGAAAAAUCUAAUGCCAUCAGAGCAUUCACAAGAAUGUUUAUUGCUGUCCCUUCAAAUAAUGCCACCAGGAUGUGUAUGGUAAACGACGAGCUGUUUGUAAGGAAUGCCAACCCCGAAGAGAUCCACCGUGCUUUUGCCGCAGUACCAGCUCCACCUACAUCAUCCUUCAUCUCCAUGGUCAAUAUUUUCCAAGAACAACAAAGCAUAAUACAAUUAUUUUCUACUCAAUCUGGAAUGAAUCUUGAAUGGUCCAAGAAAUGCCUACAGGACAAUAACUGGGACUUUCCUAGAGCAGCACAGAUCUUUACACAGCUCAAGGUGGAAGGCAAAAUUCCUGCAGUGGCAUUUCAGAAGUGAUCCAACCACCCAUCUCUUCAAUAUUACCAACUUUGUUCUGGGGCUAAAUUGGUGACUGUGACUGUGAUUGCAAGAAAGACUAAGCCCCAAGGACUCCCCUUUCCCCUUGUUAAGACAACAAACUGUUAAGUGAAGUUUCAGCUGAUUAAUGAAGUUUCUACCUACUACCAACAUUUGUGAAUUCUGAAAGUUGAAGAUUCAUCUCUAGGACUGGUACAAAAGCAUCUUUUGGUGCAUGUUCUUAUUCCACCUCUCUUAACAUAAAAAAGUAAAGUUCCAUGUUCUGUUGCCUUCAAACGAAUGUUAUUUAACUACUUUUGCCUGUCUUUAUUUUUCUCUCCAAACUAUAAUAUUAAUAAUGCAGGAGUAUGGAGAAUUGAAUUGAUAAUUAAUUGAUGACAUGGUGCAGGCACGGCCAGUUCUUUGGGUAUCUGCUGUGAAAAGCUGGUGGUGGGGAGGGGGUAGAGGGGGAAAAUGAUAUAGAGAAUAUAGAGGCAAGUUGAAAAAGGGAGUUCAGAAGCAGGGGUCAUGGGGUUGAGGGAUAGGGUGUUGAAGAAAAGUGGGCAGCUGUUGAGAAAAGGAUGAGAAAGGGGAGAGGCGGAGAGUAUCAUUCAUGUGACCAGGGGUCAGUUAAGAGUACUCAAUUGCAUGGUCCCAGAUAGAGUUGGAAGAGGGCUGUGGGAGUGGGUGGAAUUGAGUUUUUUUGAGGGGAACAGACUGCUUUUUAUCUGUGCCACCAUGUGGUCAGUUCAUUAAUGUAUCCCCAAUAUCUCAAAGUUGUCAAUAAAACUUUACAGUUAA